AUGAUUAAUAAGUAAAAUCAAUUACCUAAACACCCCAACAUCUCAUUCAAAUAAUACUGCGAAUAGUUCGUUAAGGAAAGCCCAAAAGCCAAACUCAAUAAAACAACUUUCGUCUUACGAGACCAAUCACUAAAUAAACUCAGAGAAAAACAGAAAGAAUAAUUCAAAUCUUUUAUCCAAGAUCACAUCACUUUGACCAAGAAAAUAAGAGACAAUGCAGAAUCCAAUGCCACCAUGUACAUGGGACUAACAUCCAAAUGGCAGAUAGCAAAAAAAGACUAUUUUAAAUAAGAAAUCUCUCUCAUAAAGCAGGAAUUGGAUAUGAGAUAUGUCAAGCAGAUUCAAGAACUCAAUUUUGAUUCCUGGAGGAGGAUCGAUUCAGUGAGCUAAAAAAGAGUUCGAGGGUUCUCAGUCGACACAACGAUGAAAAAAACUCAUCCAAAAACUUUCACAACUAGUUUUCGAUUUUGA